UCCGCGCCCGCUGCGGCUCAGCAGCUCUCGGUCUUGCUCGAGUCUAGACUCUCGUCUCACUCUCAUGGUUAGAGUCUCACUCCUUUCGCUGCAACUCGCAGUCGCAUCUUGCCUCUCAGCUCUCAGCCUCGUCGUCGUCUCUCAUUUUUUGGCUCUCAGACUCGCAAUCGAAUCUCGGAUCAUCUGAAUUUGACUCACCACUCUCAGAAUUACAGGUUACGAGGCAAUUCUAGUUGUUUCAUCAACCAUGGAGGAGACUGCUAACCACUCAAAUAAUGGUGAUGUCAAGAAAGAUGAUGCGCCUCAGCUCUCUGCAUUAUUGAAAGAAAUGAAAGAAGGACUUGAUUCUAUAAGAAGUAAAAUUCAGUCUUUAACUGUCAAGGUCAAACAAGAUGAGUACCCUACCGCGGAGGGAUUUAGCUAUCUUGAAGCUAAAAAUUUGCUGCUCCUGAACUAUUGUCAGUCCCUUGUCUAUUAUUUGCUCCGAAAGGCUAAAGGGUUAUCAAUAGAAGGACAUCCUGUUGUGCGAAGUAUUGUGGAGAUUAGAUUAUUUUUGGAAAAGAUUCGGCCAAUUGACAAAAAACAACAAUACCAAAUACAAAAAUUAACAAAGGCUAGUGAGAAUGUGAAGGGAAAUGUUAUUCCAAAUGAGGAGCCAGUUGCACCCAAUAAGAGUGAGGAUCUAUCAAAAUAUCGUCCGAAUCCUGACAUGCUUGUUAGCAAGUUAGAUAACCAAUCUCAGGAUGGUGAUGCUGUGUAUCGUCCUGUAAAAAUUGCUCCUACUUCUAUGGAGUUAGAUAAAACAUCAAAGCAGGAAAGAAAUGCGUUGAGAAGAGAGAAAGAGAUUCUAAGGCAAGCUAAGCAGAGUGAUUAUAUCAGGUCAUUGAUGAAUGACAUGGAGGAUCGGCCUGAAGAGGUCAGGGAUUUCAUGGGAACCAGCAGGGAAGUUGAAAAACAUGUUGCCAAGAUGGAGGACCGUGCCCGGCAAGAAGAGGAGCUCUUCACUCGAGUCCCACUUUCAAAGAUGGAAAGGAAGAGAGAUAAAUACUUGAAGAAAUCAAGAAACGGGUUGCAAGGUCUGACAGAGAGUUUCUUUGACGAAAUCAAAACAUUACCCUUUGGGGAUAAAAGUGGAGAGGAAAUGGUGGGCUCUAGUAACAAUGGUAGCAGGAAAGGAGGACUGAAAAAGCGAAAGGCAUGCAACUUAUACUUACCUUCUAAAACACAAUUAUCGUGUUACUUGAGCUACGGCUCGUGCUUUAUAUUUGUUUGUUCAUCCAGUAUCGCAUCUGAAUGGGAUUUAACAAUGCUAUUACCUAUCCCCCCCCUUCUCCCUGUUUUGCCUGAACAAUGUUGUUGCCUAUUUAUUCGCCAUAUGUUUUUAUAACAUUUUUGUUCUCUAGAUGCAAGGGUGAGUGGAUUGUCUCCCCUUGCUGUCCUUUAAAAUAUUAUGUAUGGAAACCCAUUAACCUUGGUCAAAAUCACGUUUUAACUAGAGUGAGUUACAUAGGAGUAGUUUUGUCUCGAAAGUUACUAAAAUCCGUUUCCAACAUGGAAACUUGAUGAAACCAUAUCAAUGGAGUUUUGGAAUUG